UAAUCAACCUUCCACCCCCGCUGGCACCACCCCCAUUGUUGUUGUUACCACCAUCACCCUUGCUAUCGUCACCAUCGCGAUCACCGUCACCACAACCGGCAAGAAAAUUGUUAAAGUUACAUUGGCAGAAGGCCCAGGAAAACUUUUUUACCCCUUCCGGUCGGACCAUGGAAAGUAUUUGGGGUAGGGUGGCCCGUGAAAUCCCCGUCGUUCAAUUUGAUAAGAAGUUUUUCCUGCAGCUCUUUGAAACUAAGCAGGCUGACAUAAAAGUAAAGAAAUCAGAACAAUCGAAAAAAGAAUUAACAAUCUUGGAUUCGAAGAGAUCAAACACCAUCAACAUCGCUCUGACGUCACUUCCGCCUGUGUCAGCAAUUAAGGCGGCCAUCUUGAAAAUGGACAACAAUGUCAUACAUAAGGAAGGAGUCGAGAAAAUAUUAAACACACUUCUUCCAACUGAGGAAGAAGUUACACAAAUCACCGAAGCCCAAAUGGCUGCCUGCAACAACCACAUGACCAACAACAACAACAACAACUACAACAACAACAACAACAGCAUAAACAACAGUAUAACCUUGGGAUCAGCUGAAAAUUUCCUGUUAACAUUAUCGUCAAUAAACGAACUAAAAGCUCGUCUAACUCUCUGGCUAUUUGUCAUCGAGUUUGACGCCAUUGAAAAUGAAUUACUUGACAGCCUUUGUAGCACCCAGCAAGCCAUUCAACAAAUUCGAACAAGCAGAUCUUUCAAGCGCAUCCUACUUAUGCUACUUUCCAUUGGAAACUGUCUCAAUAAUAACAAGUCAACUGGUUUCACACUGGACUACCUCUCGAAAGUAACGGAAGUGAAAGAUUCCGAACGCAAGCACUCCCUCCUACAUCAUCUGGUCGUCAUGGCAGCCGAUCACUUCGGCCCUAACCAGGUCAGUGACCUAUUUAACGAGGUGGAGGCUGUCCACAGGUGUGCCCGCAUCGAUUACGACGAGGUCAAGGAGAAAAUUGAAAAGUUGGAAAGGUCAUGCAGGGGCUCCUGGGGUCACCUGAGGUCAAUCUCCAUGCAUGAUAAUGAUGAGGCCAUGAAGAAAAGGCUAUCGAGUAGGAUUGCUGACUUUGUGGAACGGACGAUCGUCCUGAAGACCAUUCACAAACGUCUCAUUAACAAAUUUUACCAGCUACUACUCUACCUGGGCUACCAUGGCAAAGCGAUAAAAAAUACCAACGCGACACAGUUUUUCAAGUACAUUUCUGACUUUUGCAUGGAGUACAAGCUACUCAGUGCCAAGUAUGCCAAGCACAAAAACAAAAAAGAACAACAACAACAGAAGUUAAUACGCCAACAAGAGCAACAACUGCAACAACAACUUUUGUUGCAGCAAUACAAUCUGGCCGUCUCUAUGGCAUCUAAGUCAGAGGUUCGAUCCAAGUUUUUUUUUGUCUAA